AAAGGAGGAAAAACCAGGUCUUUUUUUUCCGCUUCAGCCAAGAGUUACUUUUAUCUCUGCCAUGUCAGGACGCGGAAAGCAGGGAGGUAAAGCCCGCGCUAAGGCCAAGUCUCGUUCUUCUCGGGCAGGCCUGCAGUUUCCCGUAGGUCGGGUGCACCGUUUGCUCCGCAAAGGCAACUACUCCGAGCGAGUCGGCGCGGGAGCGCCAGUCUAUCUAGCAGCCGUGCUGGAGUACCUGACUGCUGAGAUCCUGGAGUUGGCUGGUAACGCCGCCCGGGACAACAAGAAGACGCGUAUCAUUCCCCGCCACCUGCAGCUGGCCAUCCGCAACGACGAGGAGCUCAACAAGUUACUGGGCAAAGUCACCAUUGCCCAGGGCGGCGUUCUGCCCAACAUUCAGGCUGUGCUCUUGCCCAAGAAGACCGAGAGUCACCACAAAGGCAAGGGCAAGUAAAGGCGUUCAUGAAGACUAGCCCCCGACACAGGCAUCAAAGGCUCUUUUCAGAGCCACCCAAUUUUUUCAAGAAAAAAGGCCGUUACACGCCCCGAUUCCCACUUCCCCUUCGUAGUGUUACCCAACAUGAAGCACGCACAAGUCUCGGGUUUCCACGUGCAGCCCAGUCUCAGUACCCCCCCCCCCCCCAGCCUUUCG